GCUCUCCAGCCGGCCCCCUCCACAUCCUUGCCUAUAUAAGCCCUGACUCUCCCUCUCUUCCGCACUUCUGCCUUGAGUCUGAAUCCUCAACGUCAGCCGAAAGGACAAGCAGGCAAAAUGCGUGAGUGUAUUUCUAUGCAUGUCGGCCAAGCCGGAGCCCAGAUGGGCAAUGCAUGCUGGGAGCUGUACUGUCUGGAACAUGGGAUCCAGCCAGACGGACAGAUGCCCAGUGACAAGACCAUUGGAGGAGGAGAUGACUCCUUCAACACCUUCUUCAGUGAGACUGGGGCAGGAAAGCACGUUCCCAGAGCCAUCUUUGUCGACCUGGAACCCACUGUCAUCGAUGAGGUGCGUACAGGAACUUACCGGCAGCUGUUCCACCCCGAGCAGCUGAUUACAGGAAAGGAGGAUGCUGCCAACAAUUACGCCCGUGGACACUACACCAUCGGCAAGGAAAUCAUUGAUCUGGUUCUGGACAGGACUCGUAAGCUGGCUGAUCAGUGCACGGGCCUGCAGGGAUUCCUCAUCUUCCACUCCUUUGGUGGAGGCACUGGCUCUGGUUUCACCUCCCUGCUGAUGGAGAGACUCUCUGUUGAUUAUGGAAAGAAAUCAAAACUUGAAUUUGCUGUCUACCCAGCCCCCCAAGUCUCCACAGCAGUGGUGGAGCCGUACAACUCCAUCCUGACCACCCACACCACCCUGGAGCACUCUGACUGUGCCUUCAUGGUAGACAAUGAGGCCAUUUAUGACAUCUGCCGCAGGAACCUCGAUAUCGAGAGGCCGACAUACACCAACCUGAACAGGCUGAUUGGUCAGAUUGUGUCUUCAAUCACAGCCUCUCUUCGCUUCGAUGGAGCCCUGAACGUUGACCUGACAGAGUUCCAGACCAACUUGGUGCCCUACCCUCGUAUCCACUUCCCUCUGGCCACCUACGCUCCAGUCAUCUCAGCUGAGAAAGCCUACCAUGAGCAGCUCUCUGUCGCUGACAUCACCAACGCUUGCUUUGAGCCAGCCAAUCAGAUGGUGAAGUGUGAUCCUCGUCAUGGUAAAUACAUGGCCUGCUGUCUGCUGUAUCGUGGCGAUGUGGUGCCCAAAGAUGUCAACUCUGCCAUUGCAGCCAUCAAAACCAAACGCACCAUCCAGUUUGUGGACUGGUGCCCCACAGGCUUCAAGGUGGGCAUCAACUACCAGCCUCCAACAGUGGUUCCUGGAGGAGACCUGGCCAAGGUGCAGAGGGCUGUGUGCAUGCUGAGCAACACCACAGCCAUCGCUGAGGCCUGGGCCCGUCUGGACCACAAGUUUGACCUCAUGUAUGCCAAGAGAGCCUUUGUCCACUGGUAUGUUGGAGAGGGUAUGGAGGAGGGAGAGUUCUCUGAGGCCAGAGAAGAUAUGGCUGCCCUGGAGAAGGAUUAUGAAGAGGUUGGCACUGACAGCAUGGGAGAGGAGGAUGAAGAGGGAGAGGAAUAUUGAAGGGGCCAAACAUCAUCCAGGCUUUACCAUCACCCAUUCCAAUAGUUAUCAUGAACGUAACACAUUCCCAACAACAUUCAGAUAACCUGUGGUGGUGAUAUAUCAGUGUUAUCAAUAAAAAGUUCUCACGAACCUU